AGUUCAGGAGGCUCUCUAUCCUCCGUUCAAUGCUACUCCGAUGAACCAACCUCAACCCUCUUCGACGGCUUGUGAUGGCUGCGGCGCCACCCAAACCCUAUCUUUAAUCAUCCACAACGUUCGCUACCGAGCCAAAAACCGUCGCUACUGCACCAACUGCGUCCUCAAGCAUCACGUUGGUAUCUUCUGCCCUAUCUGCUUCGAAGUUUUCGACGAUUCCCCUCCGCCUCACCUCCGCGUCAUGUGCUUCCGAUGCCCCACCAUCGCCCACCGAUCCUGUGCGCUCCCCUCCACCACCGAUUCCGCUGCUCCCGCACCCGUUUUUGAGUGCCCGACUUGUGCUGACCCGAACUUUUCCUACUUCAAGAUCCCCGAUCGGAAAUCGGGAGGUGUUGAUGUUCAGUCCGCGAAGGUGCUCGUGGCCGCUGCUCGGAUUGCCGCGACGUCGAUGAGCAAGGCAGCCGCGGCCGCAAGGUUCGAUGCGGAGCGGAGGGCCAAGGAAGCCGCCGCAGCAAGGAAGAAAGCCAGAGAGGCGCUGGAACAGCUGGCGAGUAUCGUGGCGAAGGAGCAAGAGGCUUUGCCGGAACAGAGAGGCGUUUCUUCUGGCCAAAAUGCUGGCCUCCGUGUCACAUGACAUAAUAGCGUACUUCGUUCGUUGCCAUUAAAACUUGCAAUAAAAAUUAGAUUUCUGAUUUGGUUAUAUCAUGUUAUGGAUUUUCCAUCCUUCUUGUGAUUGGCCUAUGCGCUGAUAUUGUGGCAGGUUUUGAUUAGGGCUAGUUCAUCAGGCUGAUUGCAUCAUUCAAAUAUUGAAACUUAAGUUCAGUUACUCUCGUUCUUCCUUAUUCAAAUGGAGUCUUU